UACACCUUUCUAGUUUCAUCACUUUAAAAAUAACUUCAUUUUUAUUCAUCCCUCUCAUAAAACAAUCUCAACUUCAACUGUGUCUACAUCCAAUACUGUUAAUAGCAGUAUGGAAACCUUUCCAUUUGUCUUCAGCUUAGCUGCUGCAAUAUUUGCUUAUGCACUUUGGUUCCAUAUCCUAGCCAGGAGGCUAACCGGUCCGAGAGUGUGGCCUCUAGUCGGUAGCCUACCAUCUCUUUUCGAGAACCGGAGGCGGAUCCAUGAUUGGAUGGCUAGUAACCUUCGAGCAACUGGUGGCUUAGCCACGUAUCAAACAUGUACUAUUGCUCUUCCUUUCUUGGCUUGGAAGCAAGGGCUCUAUACUGUCACUUGUCACCCUAAAAACAUUGAGCAUAUCCUCAAGACAAGGUUCGAUAACUACCCAAAAGGGCCCAAUUGGCAAGCUGCAUUUCAUGAUCUUUUGGGGCAAGGGAUCUUCAAUAGUGAUGGAGAGACAUGGCUCAUACAAAGGAAAACAGCAGCUCUUGAGUUCACAACCCGGACGCUCAGGCAAGCCAUGGCUCGUUGGGUGAACCGGACCAUCAAGGAUCGGUUAUGGCAUAUUUUGGAUAGAGCAUCCAUUGAGAAGAAAUCAGUGGACUUGCAGGACUUGUUGCUUCGGUUAACGUUUGACAAUAUUUGUGGCCUUACCUUUGGUAAGGACCCCGAAACACUCUCUCCUGAGUUACCUGAGAACUCAUUUGCUGUUGCUUUCGAUACAGCCACAGAAGCAACUCUCUAUAGGUUUUUAUACCCUGGUCUUCUAUGGAGAUUGGAGAAGAUUUUGGGGAUUGGAGUGGAGAAAAGAUUGAAGCGUAGCCUCCAAAUUGUCGAGAACUACAUGAACGAUGCCGUUGAAGCAAGAAAGGAAGCUCCAUCAGAUGAUCUACUGUCCCGUUUUAUGAAGAAGAGAGAUGCUGAGGGCAACCUCUUUACAAGUGAUGUUCUCCAACACAUUGCUCUAAACUUCGUCCUGGCCGGUAGGGACACCUCUUCCGUGGCCCUCAGCUGGUUCUUCUGGCUCGUCAUGAACCAUCCGGAGAUUGAGCAAAAGAUCAUCGACGAAAUAUCAACAGUUCUCCAGGAGUCACGUGGUGAAGAUUGCAAGAAAUGGCUUAAAGAGCCUCUGGUGUUCGAUGAAGCAGACAAAUUGAUAUAUCUGAAAGCAGCACUAGCUGAAACACUGCGUUUAUACCCCUCAGUUCCAGAGGACUUCAAGUAUGUUGUUGAAGAUGAUGUCUUACCGGAUGGCACGUUCGUGCCUGCCGGCUCAACUGUCACAUAUUCAAUAUAUUCAGUUGGAAGAAUGAAGACUAUAUGGGGAGAAGAUUGCAUGGAGUUCAGGCCUGAAAGGUGGAUAUCGCCAGAAGGUGACAAAUUCAACACACCAAAGGAUGGUUACAAAUUUGUAGCAUUCAAUGCAGGACCACGGACUUGCUUGGGGAAAGACUUGGCUUACCUACAAAUGAAGUCCGUGGCCUCCGCGGUUCUACUCCGUUACCGGCUUUCGCUGGUACCUGGACACAGGGUAGAGCAGAAGAUGUCUCUCACUCUGUUCAUGAAGCAAGGCCUUCGUGUUUACUUGCAGCCGCGUAAACUUCCAUAGAUGACGGGGGCUCAUUUGUGUUACUAAAUUUUAUACUUUGUUCAAGUGGGGUUUUGGUGGUUUAUACCUUUGUUAUGUUACAUUUUCAUAUCAGUUGAUAUAUAUUUUCAUAUGCUUAUGUAAUAACAAAUCACAAAGUACAAUCUAUUGGACAAGUAGAUUUGUUACAAUGAAAA